AUGUCGUUCUCGUCCACAGUCGAUCGGCCUCCCGUCCACGAGCGUUUGACCAUGGUCUGUCGCGAGCUGGCCCACCCUGGAUCCCUGGCGUACUCACAGAACAACAUGCUCGGCGUCAGCAGGCCCCACCCGCCCGGCCGCCCCCGCCAUCCGACCAUCAUUGAAAAAGACUCUCGAGACAACAGAAUCCACUUCCCUCGCCAUCUACAGACUGCUGCAUCUCCUUCCUUCGAUCCCUCCACUCCAGCCACCGCCACCGCCUCGGUGCGAUGCAGCAGCCCCGCCAAGGCGUCCCACCUCAGUCCGCUCUCCAUGCUCUUCGAGGGCAUCCUCGCCGACUUUGCCUCGCCCGUCACCACUUCCAGUAGCUGCCGUGACGACGACAACCCAUUCCCCUACAGCCCUGUCUCGGGCGAUUCCUCUUGGUCGUGUUCGUUCAGCGUCCGGGCAGCCUCGUUUCACACGGCUUCGCCGGGCGGAGAAGACGAGCGGGGCUACGCGGUGCUGAAGUCACAGGCAUCGUCGCCGUGCAGCACCGAGGGGAGUUUCGUCGGCACGCCCGAGUCGUCGCCUUUCACUACAGGGGCGCUUUUGGAUCAGACACUCGCUGAGUUGGUGGGCAGGGAUGCGAUGGGCCAAAGCGCGAGGGUGUCAGUAAUUUCGCAGACAAGGCCAUUGUUGGGCGCCGAGAAGGAAGAGGCAGGGCUGCUGUUCAAGCCGUUGAGGGUCGGGGUGGUGGAAGGCGAGGGAGUGAGUAGACCGCGAAGGAGGCAUCCCGUGCAGCAGCGCUGUCAGCCAGUGCACGAUCUAGGCGGUAAAGAUGUCGACACGAGUCGACCGAAUCCCACCGACUCGCUCAUCGAUCCACACCUGGCAACAGCGCGACACAGCGGCUUCAGCACCAACUGGAACCCUACUCCUCCUGGCUCCCCGCAUCCGACCCAAGCGUUCGACACCGCCACCGCAACCCUGCCAUCGCGGCCACCGCCACGACCACCCCGCCCACCACACUGCUUGGACUCACUCGAAGACCUACUGCCCUUCCCCUCGCUCCGAAGCGUUCGCAAGUCGCCCGCUGAGUACCUCCGACCAAAGCGAUCAUCAAGCCACCGCAGCAACAGAGAAGUGGAGUUCAAGCUGGGACCUGUACCAGCCCGAGCUGCGCGCCAGGUUGUCGCUGCUGCUGCUUCUGCACCCGCGUUGAAAGUGACCAAUCAGCGAAACACUAUCGAGCACAUGAUGGCGAUCAUCUCUGCGGACCCGGAGCUCGACACAUUCGACAGUGCGCUCCAAUCAGAGUCUACACGCCAAACUCGCUCCACAGCAGCAGCAGUAGAAGCAGUCGCAGUUCCAGGGGUCUACAAGCGGGCCGAGGAGCAGGACAACGCGAUCGAAGUGCUACACGACUAUUUCCCACCUUCGUACAAACACAAAGAGGUGUCGCACCGUCCGACCUUUCAAACCACCGCGCGCUCGCAGCCCCAUCCAGCUCGACCGCUGCACCUGCCAACAGCAGCAGAAGUCUCCCCGCAGCAGCAGGCGCAAAGGAGGAAGCCGUCGCUGAUGCGCAAGAUCUCGCACACCAUGCAGCGGUCUCCCUCGCGAAGCGGGACUCCCACCGCGGGUGCGACGGACUACAGCAAGACACGCAUGUCGUUCGCUGUGCACCUGCGCGCGCGGGACGUGCCGGGUCGUGUCAGCCCGUUCCCUGCCGCGCCAAGCUCGGCCCCGCUCGCAAGAUGCUCGCCGUACGACGGCCUGCCGGUCGUGAUUAUCUCUGCUCAGUCUGAUAUAGACAACAACAACAACAACAACAACAACAGCAGCAGCGGCAGCAGCGGCAGCGGCGUCAGCGGCGUCAGCCGGCUGAAAUCGUUCAGCUCGGCUGCCGCGUACCCGCCGUCGACGAGCUUGACGCGGCACCGCGCCGGCACGCUAGCUUCCCCGCUCUGCAUGUGCGCUUCUCAAUCGCCCUCCUCCACAGGGACGACGACGGCGUGCGAGGCACCGCACAAGUCGAAUCUGGAGUGCAAGCCCAGCUUGACAGGCAGCGUGCACUCGUCUGCUACAGCGCAUACGACGCCGAGCGCCUGGAGCUGCGCCAGCGGCGCUAGUGGAAGUAGUAAUGGCGGUAGGGGAGGCAUUGGAGCCCACGGGAUACUGAUCUCGAGAAAACCGUCGAGGGUGGCGAUUGUGGGUUCAGCGGCGCGGUGCAUUGACGAGCUACUUAUGAGCGGUGCGAGUGGUGGCGGUGGUGGUGUUGGUAGCAAGAAGGUUUCGUUUGGCGCGGUGAGUGAGGUGCGCUGA